CUGCGUCAUGUCAUGGCUGGCAAGGGGCUUGAUCUUGAUUACUUUUCUUGCAAAAGAGAGUUUAAUUUUCUUUGCAAGUAUCAAUCCUUCACUUUUGACUUUUAUUUACAUUUUCGAGCGGUGUGAUUUGCGGUAUUUACAAAGUAAUGUGACAUUUUGUCUAUAAAUUAUGAUUAAUGUGUAGAAAAGAGGUAAAGUUUCAUAAUGAACGACGGAGACUGGAUUUGUAGCGAUCCAAAUUGCGGAAAUAUCAAUUUCGCCCGCCGAGUAUCAUGCUAUCGUUGCAACAAGGAAAGACCAGAUGGAGGGAAACCUUGUAAAAAGAAGCUCGGUACCGAGAUAGGAAAAUCUGCUGCAGAAAAAUCAAGAGGUUUAUUUAAUGCCGAUGAUUGGCAAUGUAAUAAAUGCGCGAAUGUUAAUUGGGCCCGGCGACAAACUUGUAAUGUUUGUAAUGCGCCGAAAUUUGGUGAAGUAGAAGCACGCACCGGCUACGGCGGAGGUUACAAUGAGCGCGGCGUUGUUGAGUACCGGCGACGAGAGUCCUCCUCUGACGACGAAUAUGAUGAGUUUGGAAGAAAGAAACGCAAGCGCAAAUCGGAUACACAUGAUAAGGUUGGCAUCACUGAAGGACCGGUAAACAAAAAGUUGCCACCCACUGUGCUGCAGAAGGAAAUUAAGAUGGAUCAUGUAUUGCAAGUGCCAGCAUCAAAUAAUAUAUUCCACCAAAAUAGAGGAAGAGAAAAAGUCAAUGGUAGUCUAAGUGAUAGCUCAGUAUGUGAUCUGCCUCCUCUUAGCAAAGUUGCAUUUCGUAGAAAUCAACUGCCAAAUCAAACAGGUUAUCACAGACAGGAGCAUACAAUGCCCAGUUUUAAGGCUAAUGCGAAUAGUCCACGAAAGAGAAUGUCAAGUAUUGGUGAUAGAGAUUACACGGGAUCAUCGGGUUAUGAGACAGGAUCAAAGAAAAAUAAUGAAUCCCCAAUUAUUAAGCCAUACAAUCCAGUCAUGGAAAACAGAGUGUCAUCAACAAACAAUGACUUUGUUUAUAAAUUCACCGGGUCAACCCCGGCUGAAGAUUUUCAGGUGACUUAUACAGUUGAGGAAAGAGUCAGAGCUGCAGCAUUUGCUAUUGUGUAUAACAAUUGCAAAAUAAGUACAACUAAAUUUGAAUCUUUGUAUGACAAACCUGCACCUGAUUUCAAAACAAUUUUUGCAUGGCGACAGAGACUUUUAUUAACAGGUUGUUUAGUGGAUUCUCAUUUGGAGAUGCCUAAGAAUGAAACAAGUGAAAAAAUUAUAACUAAAAAUGCAAUUGUAACAAAUGACCUUUUAACUAAAAAGAAAAAUGUUCAGAUCCUACCCAACCCCGAUGAGAUUCUCAUUGGAAGUGACAGUGAUGAUGAAGGUGUGAAAAUUAUGGAAACUAUCAGUAAACCUUUGCGGGCAAGAAGUUUAAGUGUUGAAACUGUGAUUCUUAGUGGAGUGGAUAAUGCAAGAACAGGUGGAUCUAUAAGUACAGAAGAAAGAGAAUCUCAAGCAAGGAGUCAUUCAGCUUCCACGCAUCGAAGAAAUCGUUCUAGUUCUUGUGACAGCCAAGACUCAAAUUAUCCUGACACAGAUUCUGAAAAUAUGGGCUCUAAAAGUGCAAAAAGCAGACCUCGUAAAAUGAAACAAGUAAAAUCAUCCAUUCAUGAAUCUGAUUCAGACUCGAUUUCAUAUAACAGCGAUGAUGGUGAUUUUUUGUCUAGAGUAUAUGAAGAUGGCCGAAAAAUCAGACACAAAGUCAAGAGGGGCUCUACACCUAUUACAAAAGUCAAUGAUUAUGUACCAAAUGAAAUCAACAGAGUCUUUUCAGGAUACAGUACAGUGAAGCCAACAGAACAAUCUCCAUUAGUCACUGGAAAUAUUUACACACCCAUUUUGCAUAAUAUGAAUGCUAAAACACAAGAUAGCAUUGUAUUAGAUACCGAUGGGUGCUCAAGUGAAUAUGUGCCCACUAGGUUAGGCUCUACAGCUAAACGUAACUAUCAAGAAUUCAAAGACAAUGUUAAAAAGAAAGGGUACUGGGCCAAAGGAAAUUGUGCAUCUCUUGCAAAUAAUAAAACCUCAACAAUAACUUCCGUUGCUGUUUCAACACCAAGACACAUACAAAAACCUAUAGAAGAGAAAUUUUACACAGAAUCUGUCAAUUAUGUUACAACUCCGAGAAAUACUCGAGUAGAGGAUUUUACAAAAGAUGAAUUUGAUAAUUUUUCCUCAACAGAUCACUACACACCGUUUGAUAAGCCAAUAAAUUCUGUGCCUAAAUUGGAUAUACCACCUGAGAAUACUGCGCGAAUUUUUGAUCUUGUACAAUCUAAUUCUGCAACAAAAAAUCGAAGCAUAAUGGAUAUUUUCAAUACAGGUGAUCAAACAAAUAGUCCUGAAAGAGAUAAUGAUUUAGAGAAAUAUGCUAAUGUUCAUAAAAUGUAUGAGACUGAGUGGGAUGAAGAUGAUGAUGCUCUCUACAAAAAUACUGACUCUGUUAAUGCACAUUCAACCAUAGCACGGAUACCUUCACCACCAAAUAUUGGUUCUAUAGCAGUUCACAGUCCCAUGUCUAGAAUGUUGUACACAUCAGAUGUAGAUCAACCUGUAGAAGUUCAGACAAGUGGGACUUUAAACAAAGCAAAUGUAGAUUUUAUCACAGACAAGCGUGACAUCUUAUUGGAUCUAUUCAAAGAUAUUCAGAAAGGCAAGGAACAUGUAGUAGAUAUAAAUAACAUACAAAAGCAAACUCUAUUAAAAGAACAUGAUAAAAAUAAGGAUUGUAAUACUAGUUUUAGCCAGCAAUCACAAGUUGUAAGAUCAAAUCAUACGAAAGCCUUGAAGAUAGAUCCUAAACCAGUGAUAUUAGGAAAUGAAGUAAUAAAAAUACCUGCUGAAGUUAUUAAAGCUCCACAACAAGAUUCAACUAAAACAAUAAGUCCAUCAAAACGUGUGAAAGUGUUAGAAUCAAUAACUAUACAGCCAAAUACUCAACAAAAUGUUCCUACCAGUAUCAAUAUUUGUAAUCCUGAUAUAAAUAGUUCUAAUCACGACAAUACUUUUCAUGAUAAAUCUGAGAAAUCUCAAACACAAGAAUCUAGUGUACAAUCUAUAGUUACCAAUGAACCACAGACUUGUUUGCCGAUCGAGCCAAAAAUUGGUCUAGUAGACUUUACUAACAUUUUGUCAAACAUAAAUACUAAUACAUUGCUUAUGGCGUUACAAAAUUUGCAAAAUUUACAAUCUUCUGGUAACACUAACAAACAAAAUGAAACAGGCUCAGAGCAAAGCAACUUAGUUGAUGUGCAGCAUGUAGAAACUAUUAACUUGACCAAUGAUGAGGAAUGGGAGAAGGAAUCAAAUAGGGAUGGUAGUAUAGAGAGACAGUUGGAAAAAUUAGAUGGUAGUACAGGAGACACGCCUUUUUUAAGUGAUAUUUUUGAUCCCGGACCAAUCUUACCUCCAACUGUACCUAAAAAGCUGAAUAUAAAUUUAAACUUACUUGAUGAUGAUAAAUCUCAGGAACAAACGCCUCUUGCUAAUGAAGACACACCUGUGAUAGGGAAUUUUAAAAGUUUUGCACUUCCCAAACCGAUAUUGUUGAAUAGGUUAAAAUUGGCAGUUAAACCCUCCGAGAGUUAUAUUAAAAAAUCUACUGAGGGAAAGAAAAAAAGACGGAAGAAGGGUAAGGCGAGCUCGUCACAAGGCGAGGCGGAGCAGGACGACGAAGAGGAAUCGGGAGACGAAGCCGAUCUUUCUAAGUAUGAUCUUUGGGGCAGUGAUGGGGAACAGGGCAACUCCACUAACCUGGAAAAUUCAGAAAAAGCCAAAGAAGAUGAUAACUCGAAGGAGAGUUCAGAGCAGGUAGAAAAAAACGGCAAAUGUAGUACACCCGAUGUUAAAAGUAGUAGUAGCAAGAGAAGAUCUCGCAGUUCCUCCUCAUCAACGAGCUCAACUUCGAGUUCCAGUUCUAGUCAUAGUUCCACAACGCCUAAAAAUAAAUUUGAUGAUUUCAAUUUAAACAGUGAGCGCGAGGGUUCUCCGCGGCGGCGCAGGUCGCGCUCCCGCUCGCCGCGCUCUCGCCCCGCAGCCGUCGGCACACGCCGCAAGUCCAGGGACAGCAAGUCCGCAGGCGAGACCAGAAGCCAUGACUCGUCGCGAGAUAAAGAGAGGUCGCGGGACAGGGAGCGGCGAGACCGGUCUCGGGGCAGUCGCGACCGCAAGGAGCGCCGCUACAGUCGCGACGGACCUGGCAACCACUACGGAGCCCGCGGCAGACAUCGCUAACACUGCCACACUUACAUUGUACAUUUAAUUCCAUUUAUAUUAUAAUUAAUACCCGAUCAUUUUUCAGUUUCAAAAAUUAUC